GGAACGCUCGUCAUAUCAAGCCUCAUUGACUUCGACGUGCGCACCCGAGGUGUCGAGAAAGAGCCUCUACGUCGCGCACGGCUUACACAAUGAAUUUUGUACAGCAACUGGAGGAAUGCCUUCGGGAUUUGGCGUCCGAAGCUCGAAAGAAUCAUCCGGGUGUGAAGGAAGCUUCCGAACGGGCGACGCUGAAGUUGCGGCACCUCAAAACCAGCUACGUUGCGGCAGUACGGCAAGCCGGAAACGAGGGUACCGAACACCCAACAACUAGUUUGUUUCAGUCCUCCGAUAUGUUGCAUCCCUUUCUACUGGCAGCGAAUUAUCCCAACGCCUCAAGUCGUUUGUUGGACGUAUCGUUUCGGGCGAUCCGCUUGUUAAUGGAAGCCGAUGCGGUAGUGCCGACUGACGGAAUUCAUUUGGUACGCGUGUGGAUGAUUCAGGCACAAGUUGGAGUUUCCUAUUUUCAAAAGGUUUACGCUAAAGAGAUUAAGUCGGCGGAAGACCAGCAAGCAGCUGCUACAGAGGCGGAGGCACCGAAACCCCUGAAUGCUCCAGCUGCCAGCAACAGCGGAGGUGGGUGGUUUUCUUGGGCAACAAGUUCCUCUACUUCCGUGCCGCCCUCCUCAGUAAGCUCAAACGAUUCAAUGAAUAUUAGCAGUAGACCAAUCAAGAACGCAGUAAGCAGUUCGAGCGGACAGUCUGGGCAGUCUUCUCAAUCUCCCAAGGAUAUGGAAAAGCGUGCUUUAGAAAUUCUGUCCAGUUUGUUGCAGUUGUUGGAGGGUCUGAGGAGACACCCGGAAGUAUCGAACGCCGAACUAUGGAGCAACGCUGUAGCGUUAGGUUGUGUGUGGCUGCACUAUUUACCAAGUCGACACACCGUUCACCAAGCUGCCCACUCUACUGUCGCCCAAAUUCUUAGUCUUUUUCUGGAAACGGAGAAAGAUCCUGAUCUAUGGGCUCUGACUUGGGACGAUCUUUUGGUGCUAGCAACGGGAAAUAUACCCAAAAAAGGACUGCAAGGGGCAUUUUCUCUUUGUCGUCCGGCAGGACCCACCAAUUCCACCGCUGCCGUUCCUCCGUCACCUGAGUUUGCCUUGGAGCUCUUAGCCCUGUUGUCCAAAGAUCAUCAUUUUCCAGAAAAGAUCAUACCUAAGAUGAUGCAAAUGAGUAUGAUGCUGCUUCAGCGCGUUGCCAGGAUGUCGGUGGAGAAGUACAUGCGAACUGUACAAUGGACUACUGUCGUCCUGGUCUCUCAGGUUCGAAAGUACCCGAACGAGUGCGGCGAACUUUUCGUGGCGCUUCUCAAAGCCAUUUCACUCGCUACAGAGGCAUGUCGCAGUCAUCACGAUUUUGAGGAUGGCUAUUUUUACAGUCAAGAUGAAGCGCUGUUACAUCCAUUGCCAGUGUCGGAGUUGCCUUCCAGCGCCAAAGAAUCUACCCGUCGGAGAGGUCUCACGACGCAUAUUCUAGUGUCAUUCUUUCCUUCGAAUGCACUCUGGAAAGCCAGUUUUGCUCUCGAGGCAGUUUACAGUAUGUUAGACAAAGACGUGACAAGGAUUUUUUUCAACGAUACAUCGACUUUGUCAACACUUGUAGAAGCGUUCAGUGAUUUCGCCACAAUUGGGACCAGCUGUCAAGACCACAUGCAUCAACUUGUCGAGUUUUGUCAGAAGGAACGACGAAGCAUCAGCUCUCUUCAGCCAACCAUCUUUCGCAAGGCCGAGCAAGUCUUGGUGCUCGGAAAUGCUUCGAUUGCUUUCGGGGAGGAUACGGGAAGCAGAGCCUCUGAGAAAUACGGGGUACUCUCCAAGCCAUCUCCCAUCCUCGGGGAGUCGUUGUGGAUUUCGUUGCAGACUGUUUUGCAAAUAAGUGAGGGGUUAAAAGGAUUAGACAACCAAGCAGCUUUGCUGGAAGAAUCUUUCGCGUCAACGCUAGCAGUCCUCCAACACUACCUGAAACGAUUUUCAGGUUCCGCGGAAAUCAUCGGGCUCGCUCUGCUUGGAUACUCAAGUCUAGCUGACGUUUGCUUUCCUCUCGAAGAUACUUCCAUGCAGCGUAAAGCUAUGUUGACGUCACUCUGCAAGUUGUCGCUUCCGGCUUGGGGAAAGCACGACGCUUCGCUUCAACUUCAAGAUCAUCACAUCCGCUCACUGUUGUGUCUAUUUCGUAUUUUGCACCGACACCACGAUUAUGUCGCGCUGGAGUGGGAGAUUAUUCUUUGGACAUUUGAAGAACUGUCCGUUCUCGUAGUCGCAUCGCCAACUUUAUCAGAGGAGGCGUAUCACGGAGCCUUGGCAGUCUCAGCUGUUUUUGGGCGACUAGCAGCUUUCUCUACGUGUUUGUCAGAAAAGUCAAUAAUACGAAUGACAGAAAGUUUGACCGAAAUAGUCCAAUCCAUUAUGGAAAAGCGUGACCUACUCAAAGACUCUGAUAUUCUACUACCUGAGCGAACGACAACGAGUGAUGCUGUUGACAAGGUACCACCCGACGGAAGCGAGACCAUAAGUGGUAAGAUUGUUGGCAUUGGGGUUCGUGCAAUCUACGGUGCUUCGUUCAACGAAGCGGAAAAUGUACAAAACGAUCCUUUGCCGUUCGUGGAGCGAACAAAGAGCACAUUUAACGAGGAAUACCGACGCACAUUUAUUGACAGACUGACCGGUGCCAAAAGCUCGCUCCAGAUAGCUGCUAUCGGUCGGUUGCCCUUCGCACUCACACUUUUGGCUGAUGUCGCUAUGGCCAACGCUUUUCGCUAUAAGCAGUGCGGGGAGGCUAUCUCCAAUCUUCUGUUUGAGCUUGCUGCAUCAUCCCCCCCUGUCCGGUCCUUCGUCAUGGAGACUUUAGUUGUAUUAACUGUGGCGCACAUUGGCAAUGGUAGUGGAUCGUCAUCUCAGCUCAUUGGAUCUGGAAAGUUGGUAGUAGAAGACCCCAUGCAAAGCCAGCUAUUGGCAGUAGAGCACUCUGAUGUGACCCCGGAUCAGACUCUUGCAAUGCAAGAACUUUCGCACGUGAAAAUACUUUCGCCCCUCUGUAGCUCAAUAUGCAGUACGAAGAAUGCUGAAAUGGCCGAAGCCUCCCUUGUAACGUUAACGUCGAUUCUCGAGAGUACAGGUCACACGCUGCACGGAGAAGUCUGGAUUCUCAUCAUCGAUACAGUUUCGUCCUUGUCCGGCGAUCCAGCACAAAAACCAUACCGCUCGUCGUCUGAAUGGUCAAAAUGCUGCUUGCGUGCGUUUCGUUGCUUGAAAUUGAUCACCGACGACUUUUCGGAGGAGGUACAAGAAAUCGCCGAGUCUUGCGAAACAACGAGAACACCACUACUCGAUUGCUGCUCUGCCUUUGGUAGUUCACGACAUGAUAUCAACACUUCACUAACUUCCAUAGGUCUUCUUUGGUCGAUUGUAGACCAAGAUUCGGGUCCGCGAUCUCUGGACAAUGCUCUGUCUAAGUUGGCGAAUCUCGCUGCCGACGAUCGACCGGAAGUCAGAAAUGCAGCAAUUAACACAUUGUUCUCCUGCAUUGUUGGACGGGGCCAAACGUUCACAGUAUCUCAAUGGGAAUUUUGUUUUUCUCAUACAUUAUUCCCUGUGUAUGAGCUCGUCCUAUCGAAAACAGUCGUCGAGGACAACCGUCAUUCAGGUGAUAGUCAGGAUGCAUCAUCUCGGUAUCUUGUUUCUUUUCACCACUCACGUGAUUCGACGAGUAAGCAAUGGGUAACAACACAAGUGGUUGUGUUGAGAGGACUGAUUCGCGUUCUCGGAAAGUUUUUCGUAAUUCUUUUGGAAACAACCGACUUAUUUAUUACAAAAACUGACGACCCCCCAUGGUUUCAGGACGUGUGGGUCCACGUCCUCGAUUUUGCGUUCGAAGCCGCAGGUCAGAAUGGGGGGAGGGAUACUUUUGAACUCUGCUCCGCCGGAAUUGAGCUUCUCGUCGCCUGUAGCCAAGUUUCAAGCAAGGCAGGUAUCCAAGCAGCACUUGCGCCAGCGACGGUGAGCACAAAUAUGGAGGUAGUAAACGGGGCUUUGCGCAAUGUCCGAGAUCCCACGCCAAGAAAUAGUCCCAAUGGCCAGCGAUCACGCACGGUGGCUGUGGAAUCUACCCGCGAGGCUCUAUUUUUGGAAGCGAUUGAAGGCCUGCACUCGUACCAGGACUUUCUGGACUCAAAUGACAAAAUUGACGAAACUUCGUUGCAACUUAUUCACAAAUUUUGCAGCGGUCUCAGCAAGCUAUACGAAUGCUGUCGAAACGAUGAAUUAGCUGUGUGCAAGCAAGGACUUGAACCGGUGAUCGAUGAUACGCUGAUACAACGCUUUGUAAACAUGGUAGCAACAUGUAUAAGAGUUGCUACAACUGAUCCAAGGGCUCGUUUUCUCAAUCAGGCACAACGGUGUGCUCUUGAGUUGCUAGAAACAAUUGCUCUCAAUGGAUCUUUCGGUGCAUUCCAGCUCCUCGUUACUCUGGCCGGUUUCUCAUUGUUCAUUCGUAAAGAUGCAGACUCUGAUAGCGGUGAAACGGCUGCCGUGGAAAGCGGAGACAUUUUUCUCGACCAGGUAGGCUUUGAAAGCUCCGUUGUGCUUUCCAAGGCUGUUCUGCAAAAUCGCGUUCCACUUCGAUGCAAAAUUUCUGUUUUGAAUGAGGUCCUCACAAUGUUUCUGACUAAAAGUGCUUCAGCAAAAGCGCAUCAUAGAAAGGCUUACUACAAACGCAUGAUACCAAUUUUGGAAGAAGGGCUUCAGGCUGUAGCUUCAGAAAGAAGAUUAAAAGCAGUCGACGACAACGCUGACGCUCAAUACUUGGAUACGCUGUGGACAAAGGUCUUCCAAUGCGUGACUGUAAUGCUUACUCCCAUUCCGAUUGGUAAAGACAUGCUAAAGAUACCCCGGGUUUCUGAAGUGCUGGAAGUAAUCGAGGCUGUCACAAAAAACAAAGAUGAUACUCAAGAUACAAGACUAUGUCGAAUUCUUUCUCAGGGUGGAUCCAAUGCAUACGAAGUCGCUCUUUCCCUCGAUGAAUUUGCUUCGAUAGCUGAAUCAGACGCAAGCCGAAAGUCGAAAAAGCACAAGGACGAAGUGAUGAAGCUAUUUACUGCGUGUUACUUAAAGGCCUGUAGCCUCAACCCUAUUGACCGUGCCAUCAUUUCUUUGACCGACCGCAUUCUCAGCUUUCCUUCCGUCAGUUAUGAAGAGGAGCGCUUGCCAGAAGCAAGAAAAGAAGCCUUGCUAUGUAUAUGCUCUACAAUGAAAGACACCUAUGGAAUGGAAUUUUUGGUAGUUGCGGUCUUUUCGAGCUUGUGCAAAUGGCUGCAGUCGUCGAUUCAAGAAGUGCGCGAUGCAGUUGCUGGUGUCUUCGCCGUUGUGAACGUGUCGGAAAUACUACAGAGUGCUAUUGAGCGUUGCAAGGAGAUCGAAGGACGAGCAGUAGACGCCGAAAAGCAAAUAGAAAUCCUAGCAUCAACGGUAAAUAGACUGCAAUCCGCCAACGAGGAGUUGCAGAGAGAGGUGGCUAUACUACAGGCAAGCUCAGCAUUGUGAUCGCACUAAGUGUAAAUGUUUCUAUAGAAAAAGAUACAGCGACC